AUGGAAUCGCUCAACGCCAGUGAUGGUAAUAUGUUUUCGAAUCCAAAAGCGAAGGCCAACGUGAACGCGACGACCUCAACCUCAGGUUUCACGUUCAAUAGCACCUCUUCCGUUUCGAACCUGUCCCGGCCCAGAUUCGUCAAGGUUCGGAAGCCAAACAACGCCCCCGCUUUCAAUCCAUUUCGCAACGGUGCUGCUGCCAAUGCCGCAUUCGACAAUCCCGAUUUCGCUUCAGGAAUUGGCGAUGGAUUACGGAAUCUCAAAAUCGGCGAGGGUUUCGACGCCCCACGGCGCGGUGAAUUCGCGUUCGCCACUAAUGCUUCUUCGCGUGUUGAUGAUAACCCAGCCUCUGAACAGAUGAACAAGUUGAAGAUUGUAGCCGAAGGUGGUACUGGUUUAAACGAAUCGGACCUACGGAAUGACCUGAAAAAGAAAUUGAACAUCAAGAAAGGUGGAGGUAAUAAUGCUGCUGCUGAGAACUCAACUCAUGAAGUUUUAUGUCAAUUGAAGAAUCUGAAUAUAAAUAACUCUUUUGGUAGUAGUGUUCUCAAGAGUAAAGUUGAUUUUAGACCUAGUUUGGGGAAUGUGACUACGUUUGAAAAAUGUGAAACCGAAGCGGAUUUGUUGAGGACUUUGGAGAAGUUAAACCUAGUUGAGGAGAAGAAGGAGGAUUGUGUUCAACCGAAUUUGUGCGAUCCUUUUUCCGAUGGAAUUGACCGUAGAGGUGCAAGUGGUGGUGGUGGUGCUCAAGGUUUUUCUGAAGACAGUAGAGUGUCACAAAGUGCUGCGUCGGCUUCGUCUUCUAUAUUCUUUCAGCCUGUUGGAGUGAGCAACAGAGAGGGAUUUGUGUUUACUGGUAAACAAGAUAAUUCAAGCUCGUCAUUUGUUGAAUUUAAAACACCAGCACCAAAAGUUGUCAAAGAAGGAAAACAUAAGCAAAAAAGUAGUAAAAUGAGAAUGAGUAAAAGUCGAGAAAAUCUGAGGCAUUACAGCUCAACCCAGCUGUGGCAUGGAGAGCGUUUUGUUUUGAAAGAAAGUGUUCCCCAAGGCGAACCACAGGGUUCACCGAUGGAUGUGUCACCAUAUCAGGAAAAGCUGGCUGAAAAUGAAAGGUCCAGGGAAAGUUCUUUGACAUCCAAUGACUUAUCUAGUAUUGAUAACAACCCUGUAGUUGAUGAUUCAGUACCAACAUCAUCUGUUGAUCCCAUUGAUGAAGAUCUAAUUGCCGCAACAGAGAGCUUAAAUAUAAAUGGGGGAGAUGUUGACUGCAGAGACACAAACCGAGAAAUUUCAGAGGAUCAAAUGCUUGCAAAUAGUUCUGUUGAAGACCCGAAGGAUGAGUCCAUUUCUGGGGUUGAAACUGAAAGCUUUAAGUCUGCCAAUGAUGAGGUGGACGUAACCAGUGAUGCAGCUUGUGUGUCAGAAGAUACCGAAGCCCAUAGUGAUAAUUUGUUGCAUGUUGGUAGUUCUUUUAGUUCAAGAAAAGUAAGUGGGUCUGCCUUCACAUUUGCGGCUGCUUCUUCAGCUGAAGCUCAAUCAUGUAAUCCAAAACGACAUCACAAAAAGAAAAAUGUUGGUCACGAUUCUUGCAACUACGCGCCAAACAUAAAGGUUCCUUAUUCACCAUCUUCCGUGGCAUUUACGCCAUUUUCUGGAACUUCAUCUCUUUUCACAUCAGGGCAAGGGUUAAAACCCAAGGUAUCCUCUACGCAGCCCAAAACAAGUGAUUCUGAUGAAAAUGAGGAGAAGGGGUCAAGGGAGACUUCCGCUUCUAUUUCUGUUGCAACCGUUGCUGCUCAGGAAGCCUGUGAAAAGUGGAGGCUUCGGUGA